GUCGGGGGCGUGGGGCGGCACCACGCAGAAGUGCGCGUCGUGCGGCCGGACGGUCUACCCCGUCGAGGAGCUCGCUGCCGACGGGCGCGUCUACCACCGCCCCUGCUUUCGGUGCCACCACUGCAAGAGCACGCUCCAGCCGGAGCAGUUGAGAAGUUUGGCUGCACGACCAUGUCGGCUGCGAUUGUGCACGGCUUGCGCACGGAGUUAAUUGUGCCCCGUUGAAUUUGCACUGUUCCUGGUUCUUGCGUGACAGCGAAUUGGGAGUACAGUGUACCGGAUUGUGGUGCUUCAACUCAUCACGGGUGCGCUACCAGUGAAUUGGCAGAGUGCGAGUGCUAACUGCUAUCUGAUUGGUUGAGUGGACGUUCACCUGUCCGGCUGACCAGUUGUUGAUGAAUGCCUUUUGACAAUUAAUCUUACCUUUUGAUGAUAACGUAGGAGUACGAAAAAUAAUCUCACUGCAUAACUCUUCCUGUCCUUGUGAAUAUAAUAUAUGCAUUUUACUUUUUGAGGAAUCCAUCUUCAUAGAGUACUGAUGUGUCAUAUUGGUUUUAAGUGUUAAAGGUGUUUAGUUAUAUGAUGAGCUCUUUGUACUUGCUUUCCCUUGCACAUGGUCCAGCUGUCAUAAUUCUUGCAGGGUGUUGACAUAAUCCUGCAAUAAUGCAGUGCAAGACUCUUUCAAAAAAAAAAUAAUGCAGUGCAAGACAAAUGACUUUCCGAUAUGGAUGCAGUUUUGGUACCCGAUUGGACAUGUUUGCAUUAUUUCUUCAGAGCACAUUGUUUGGUACAGUCUGUAGCUUUUUUUGUAGAAACUGCUAAUUUUGUUGAGAGCAAUAAUGAUCAUACUGAAUCUUUUAUGAUACAUCAUACUAGUAGGCAUUGGUACUACUGUAUCUUAUCUUUUUGUGUUUGUUUGCAGCCAAAGCUACACCUGUGAAACCUAGCCAAACUAAUAUUAGACCAUUAGUUCUUGCUUGAUAGUGGACUGGGUACAAAUCAUGGAACGCCAGGUUUGAGACAUUGUUGAAAGAAUCUGGAAAAACAAUCUUGAUCUUGAAGCAUUUUAGUUCUUCAUAAAGCGGAGAUUGCAUUGUACUGGUUCUGUUCACCGAUCAUGGAACUAUGGAAGUGCUUUAAAUAUGUUUUUCUCGUGCACCUGCAUGGGAAAGUGUGAGUGCUAACUGUUAAGCUGAAUGGACAUUCACCUGUGACCUGUUGAUCAAUGCAUUCUGACAAUUGCUAACUAUAACUUUAGAAUCAAAUGAUGUCAAGGCAUACAUCUUGCUCUGCUUAUGAAUAUCACAUCCAUUAACUUUUUGAGGAAUCCAUUUUAUAGACUAUUGAUAUGUCAUACAGGUUUAAGUGUGUAACUAUAUCAUAACCUCUUUGUACUUGCUUUCCUAGCACAUGGCAUGUGUCCCCCAGAAGGAGAGAGAGACUUUUUUUUUUUCGGCAGCAGCUUUUAGAGAUCAGAGAGCAUAUUCCCUAGCCAUCAUAAUUCUUGUAGGCAGUUGAUAUGAUCGGGCAAUAGUACAGUGCAAGACAAAUGACAUUCUGACAUGUAUGCUGCUUUGGUACCCAACUACGCAUGCUAAUGCUAUUACUUCAGACCACAUUGUUUGAUAGUCUAUAGCUUUAUUCAAGAACUUCUAUUAUUUGUCAAGAGAAUAAUGAAAUAUUGAAUAUAUUUUAUGCUACAUCAAACUAGUUGGUAAAGUAUAUCUGUGAAACAUAAUCAAACUAGUACUUCAACUAACUUUUUCUACUGGCUCUCGUUUCUGCAGUUUAGUAAUUAUUCUUCUGUUGAAGGUGUCUUGUACUGCAAGCCUCACUAUGACCAGAUACUGAAGUCAACAGGAAGUUUGGACAAAAGUUUUGAAGGUGUGUCCAGAUCAGCUAAGCCAGAAAAAUCAAAUGGACAUAAGGGCCAGCAAAGAAGUAAAUUCUCUAGCAUGUUUGUUGGCACACAGGAUAAGUGUGUAGUUUGUAACAAGACUGUGUACCCUCUUGAAAAGGUUGCCCUGAAUGGAAGUUCUUAUCACAAAUCAUGCUUCCGUUGCACCCAUGGUGGCUGUAUGCUUAGCCCAUCCAACCAUAUCACGCAUGAAGGCAAACUUUACUGCAAGACCCACCAUUCUCAAUUGUUUAUGGUUAAGGGAAAUUUCAGUCAAUUUGAGGACAACUCUGGUAAUGCAAAAGUGGCUACCGAGAAACCACCAGAAACAGAAGCCACCAAGAACCUAGAUCAAGGUGAUGGACUCACAGACAAACCAUCAGAAGCCGAGCUUACAGCUGAAAAUUCACCACAAAAUGAUGUUGCAGCUGAAAAACAACUGCAAAGUAGCACUGAUGCCAUAAAACCAUCUGAAAGCAUUACAACCAUGCAGACACCAGCAGGAAGUGAAGGAGCUACUGAGAGUGAGUCAAAGAGUAAUGUUGUCGACAAGAAAGCAUCAGAAAAUAGUGUAGAAAAGCCACUGCAGAACAGUGUGAAUGAUGUAAAGCCUUCAGGAAGGGGUGCAGCCAUAAGAAAGCCAUGGCAGCGUAGUCUUCAAACAGAUAAACUGUUACCGACUAGUACAACCACUGAAAAGCCAUCACUGAGUGGUGCUGCCAUUGAGAACCCAUCACCAAACAACGGGGUUGAUAUGAAAAAAUCUGAAAGCAGCACAGUUGCCAAAAGGUCAUGGCAACAAAGUGCAGCUACUGAGAAUCCACCACAGAGCAUUUUACCAUUGGAUAAGCCAUCAGUGACCAGUGCAGAUGAUGCAAAGGCAUCAGAAACUAGCAAAGUGGUCAAAAAACCAUGGCAACGCACUGUGGCUGCUGAGAAGCAAACACAGAACAGUGCACCAACUGAGAAGCCACAGAACAGUGUAGCUACUGAGAAGUCAUCACUGACGACUGACAUGAAGCCAUUAGAUAAUAACAUGGAAGUUAAAAGUCCAUGGGGACGCAGGGUAUUCAAUCAUAAGCCACUGAAGAGCAAUAUAGAUACUGUGAAACCGUCUGCAAGCAGUGUGGUUGAUGUGAAGCCAGCAGAAACCAGUUCAGUAACCCCUGUGCCACAGCAACACACAGAAAACAUUGAGAAACCUUCAGACACCAGUGCAAAUGAUGCGAAGAGUGCAAAUGAUACGAAGAGUACAGAUGAUGUGAAGCCAUCAGACACCAGUACAGAUGAUGCAAAGAAUGCAAAUGAUAUAAAGCGUACAGAUGAUGUAAAGCCAUCAGAGAACACUGCAACAGAAGUUAGAAAGUCAUGGCAACGCAAUGUAGGCGCUGAGAAGCAACCCCAGAGCAGUGCAAUUGAUGCAAAGACUACAGAAAGUAGUGGAGCGAUCAAAAGGCUGUGGCAGCGCAAUGUGGCAACUGAGAAGCCCUCAAAAAGUGAUAUGGCAGUUGUGACACCAUCACAGAGCAGUCUUGCUGUCUCCAAGCCUUUCCAAAGUAAUACGGCCACGAAGAGGCCAUGGCAAAGAAGCAUGGCUCCAGAAAAACAGAAAGAUAGUGAUUUAACUAGCAAUAAGCCAUUGCAAAGUAAGCCACUGCAAAGCAAGACAGUUGUUGAGAGUCCCCUGGAAAGCAACACAGCUGUCAAGGAAAUGUUACAAAGCAUCACACCUGCUGAGGAACCACAGCAAGUCACUUUGGCCACUGAAAGCAUAUUGCAAAUCAGCAAAGAUACAAAGAAGAAUGGUUAUACUACCGAGAAGCCACCGACAACUGAGACAGCUGAAGCGCGGUCACUUCCUACAAGUAUAUUGGAAUGUGAUGUUUCCUUAGAAAGUGUUGUUAAAACUGAAUCAUCACAGAGUGACACUUCUACUGAGAAGAUGCCUCAAAGCACUAUCACUGAGAAGGUAGAAAGUAUAUUGAAGCCACUCCAAAAUGAUACAGCCCAUCAGAAUAUCUCGGAGAGAGAGCUGGCGACUGGGAACAUAUUGGAAAGUGCCAUGGCUGUCGAAAAGCCACAUCCGAGCACUUCAAUCACCGAUAAGCCAUUGAUAGAAGAUGUUGCAGACGAGCCAGUUCAAACCAAUGAACCGUCUGAGCAGCCACUGCAAAAUAAAGACGCUGUUGAGAAGCCAUAUCAAAGUGACGAGAUAGUUGCAGACAUGACAGGAAGUGAAGUAUCUCGUGAGAAGACGCUAGAGCCUGAAAGUGAUGCCACUCCCAAUAAAUCAAACAAGGAUCCGUCAGAACAUGAAGGUCUUCGAUCUGGCGAGAGUUCUCUGGACUCCAAAAGCAAUCCAAAUGCUGAGCAGCCAUUAGUACCUCAAGUUGUUGUGGCAGAGAAGGCAGCUUUCCAGAUUACAGAAGCAGAAAAUGAUGCAGUUGCUGGGCACUCGUCAGAAUCUCAGAGCAUGGCACCUGGCGAGAUUCCAAAUGAGCAACCAUCAGAACAUCAGAAGGAUGUGGCUGUGGAGCAACCACUGGAACCUCAACAUGAAAAAGAUUCUGGGAAUCCGCUAGAGCCUGAAAGCCACAUAACUGCAGAAUCACAAAAAGAUGCAAAUCAGUCAGCCGAGCAGUCAUCAGAACCGCAAAUCAAUGAGAGCAAUGCAUCUUUCAAUAAGCCAUCAGAGUCUCAAACUGAUGCAACUGCCAUGGAACCACCAGAACCUCAAAUUCAUGCUGCUCCUGAUAAGGCAACUGAUCAGCCAUUGAAGUCUCGUGAUGAUGCAUCUGUUGAGAGGCCACCUGGAACUGACAAUAACGCUAAUUCUGAUAAACCGUCAGAAAGCAGCUCAGCUACUGAUGCACUGUCUGUAGACCAUCCAAACAACAACAUAACUAUUGAUGAACCUGUACUAGGAGGCAUUUCUGAUGAAACAUCACAUCAGAGCAGUGCACCCAUAGAAACACCAUCUGGAAGUGAGACAGUUGUUGAGGAUUCAACACACAACAAAGAAACCAGUAUGAAACCAUCUGAGGAAAGCAUAGCUAUUGAGAAGCCAUCUGAGAAAGAAGAGAUGAGUGUCAAGCCCCCGGAAGACAAGGCAGAUGCAGAGCUAUCGGAAGACAAUGCUUCUCUUGAGAAACAAUUGGAGGCUGAUGAGGCGAGUGCCAAACCUUCAGAGGAUAUUGUUUCUCCUGACAAGCCAAUGGAGGAGGGAGAGGCAAGUGUUGAGCCAUCAGAAAACAAUGCUUCUCCUGGGAAACCAUCGGAGGAAAAUGAGGAGAGUGUCAAACCACAGAAGGAUGUUGUAACUCCAGAGAAGCCAUUGGAGGAAGGUGGGGCAAGCACGGAGCCAUCAGAAGACAAUGCUGCUCUUGAGGAACCAAAGGAAGAAGAAAAGGUGAUUCACAAGCUGUCUGAGGACAGUGUAGCCCUUGAGAAGCCAUCAGAGGAAGGCGAGGCGAAUGCAGAGCCAUCAAAAGACACUGCUGCUCGUGGAGAAACAAAUGAGGAAGAUGAGGUGAUUGCCAAGUCAUCCGAGGCCAGUGUGGCUCUUGAGAAACCAUUGGAGGAAAGGGAGGCAACCGCAGAGCAGCCAGAAGAAAAUGCUGCUAUGGGAAAACCAUUGGAGGAAGAUGAGGCAAAUGACGAGCCAUCAGAGGACAGCGAGGCUCUUGGGAAGCUUCAGGAGGAAGUGGUUGACAGUGUCAAACCAUCAGAGCCAGAGGAGGACGUGGCUCCUGAGAAAUCAGCCGCUGACAAGCCAUCAGAAGAAGUGGUCAAUGAGAAGCCGUCUCACGACGAUGCUAUUGUCGAGCCGCCAUCUCAGGACGACACGGCCACUGCCACUGAGAAGACCGCAGCUACAACUGACACUGCAGAAACUGCCCGAGAGAGCAGUUAGCCGGUUACAGUUAGUUAGCAACAGUUUUUAACAGAGUGGGGAUGAACUAUUAUUGUUGCGAGUUUUCUGCGUGCCUUUUGUUUGAUUUUGAUUUUCUUUUUCUCUGUACAAUGCUUGAGUUGUAAAAUUUGAGGGAAAGAAACUAUAGGUAUUGAUUUGAUUUUUUUUCACAGGCAAUAAUCUCCUCCCCAUGUUUAGGACUUUGGAGGAGGAUGCCAUUGAGGUUUUUACAUAUAGGAUUGGCAUGCGGUUUGAUUUACUUCUGCACAUCAGAGAUGUAUUUUGCAAAUGAUUUUGUGCAAAGAAUUAGUCAAUUGCUGUGUUUGCUUAUUAUUUGA